AUGCCUAACGAUCGGAUAUCGACAAUGAUCGCGGCUCGCACGGCUGGACGUGAAAGGCGCGUAGGCGCAGUAACCUAUCACGUGAUCUUAGCAGCGAGGUGCACUGUUACCCCUUCGGCGUCGAUUCUGACUGGGCUUGGCGAUGAGACGCACAAUCCCAAGAUGGGCGGCCUGGGCUUCUCGUUGGAGUGCCAAGCCAACUCUUCCGAUCGCUGGUCGUCGCUCUUGAGCACGAUUCCCUCUGAUGCAAAGAUCUGGAAUACAGUGGAUGCUAGUGAGCUUGAUGGAUUCAAUAAUGAUUGGAUGGGCAAGUACAAAGGUCAUUCGAUCUGUGUAGGCGGCAAUACUGGCCUUGUAGGAGGUGGUGUGCCCGUGCAUGAUGAGGUGGUCCUCAAUCUCAGCAGCAUGAAUAAAAUUCGCAGCUUUGACGCUGUCUCGGGCACCUUGGUCUGCGACGCGGGGGCCGUCUUGGAAACGCUGGACAAUGAGGUGGCCCAGUAUGGCUACAUGAUGCCCCUCGACUUGGGGGCGAAGGGCAGCUGCCACAUUGGAGGUAAUGUAGCCACCAAUGCAGGCGGUCUACGAUUCCUGCGCUAUGGGUCACUGCAUGGCACAGUGCUAGGCCUGGAGGUCGUGCUUCCGGAUGGUCGCAUUCUUCCAGGUCUUCGUACGCUAAGGAAGGAUAACACGGGCUUGGACCUCAAGCAGCUUUUCAUUGGUUCCGAAGGUUCUCUAGGUAUCAUCACUGCGGUGCAAAAGACGUUCCAGAUGGUACGAAGGCACUGCUCAGAGAUUCUCUCGGCGUUCGAAUUUCUGGAUCAUCAGUCGUUUGAUGUCGUUCAGACCUAUUCGUCGAUGAAUUUACGUGACCCCUUUGAAAGUCGACAUCCCAUGUAUGUGCUGAUUGAGACUAGUGGCUCGAACCAAGAGCAUGACGAUGCCAAGCUUCAGGCUUUGUUGGAAGACUUGCUUGAAUCGGGUGUAAUUACCGACGGCGUUCUCGCACAAGACGAGACGCAGGUCAAGGCCCUUUGGUCACUCCGAGAGGGUGUACCAGAAGCUCUGGGCCAUUAUGGAAAAGUAUACAAGUAUGAUAUCAGUAUGCCCAUUGAGAAGAUGUAUGAGCUAGUGGAGACGCUUCGUGCGCGCAUGGUCGCCAAAAAAUUGAUGCCUGCACCGCAAGAGCCUGGCCGAGUAAAGGCGGUUUGUGGAUACGGUCAUGUCGGUGAUGAUGCAUACGAUACAGAGAUUGAAGCUGCCAUCGAGCCUUUUAUCUAUGAAUGGAUCCAGAACGUCGAACAGUACAACUAUGCAUUGCGAGCAGCGGGGCAGGGUUUCUUGAUAGGUAUCGCAUCGGGCUUGGCCGGUGGUUACCUCCUUCAGCGCCGCUAUGCGCACAUCCGCAAUCUCACCUUGACCAUGAAAACCUUUUUGGCAUCCGGUUUGAUGUACGUCUUUCUUGCUCACCCCAAGCAAAUGCACUACAAGGACAAAGCAGCGUUGGCCGAACGCGAGGCAAAAUCAGCGUCGGAACAGAAAUGGGAGAAUCUUUCUACUUUCGAUAAGACACUUACUUUUGCCAAAGAGCACAACUGGAUCGCCUCUAUGGCUGGCUCGUGGAUGUACAUCCAAACUCAGCCUUUGAGCUUUGCUCAGAAGCUCGUACAAGCGCGUGUUUGGGCUCAAGGACUCACUGUAGCCUCGCUAAUCGGCAUGGCAGCCGUCACGCAAAUUCCAUCUGCGGGUGAUGAUCUGGUUUCCAAGUCACACACGGCAGAUGAUCAUUCUUGGGAAAAGAUGGCGGAAGUUUGGGGAGCGGUGCUUCAGUUUCGUCUUCUGAGUCGGUAUAAUCGACCAGGCCUUGAACCAUGGCACGGCGCACGGUCGCUUGUCAAAGACCACACCCAGGUGUCUGAGGGCAUGUCGGCCCUAGGACGACCGGCACAGUAUCAACGAUCUUCUAGAAAGGGGAAGAAAGCAUGGAGAAAGCAUAUUGAUUUGAGCGCCACGGAAGCAGCGCUGGAGGACAUCCGCGAACAAGAGCGUGUCAUGGGUACCGCAGCGCAUUCACAGAAAAAUCAAGAUUUGUUUGUGGAAGACCGAAGCGGACAGGAAACCCAGCUAGCACGUCAGGCUCGUGAGAAGCGAAAACUCAAGUCGCAAGAGAUUCUGGCACAGCGGAGUGCUGUGCCAGCGGUGCAGCAGAAGGCACGCUCGAGUUUCCAGUUGGACACCAAGACGGCCGCUGGUAAAGCGAAUGCGGCUGGUCUCCCAGAAAAGGUGAAGAAAAGACUGCGUACAUUGGCUUCUCGCCCACACGAGGGACUUCAGGGAGAGGAUGAGCACGGCAGCGCGGGAAAGUUCCAGAGCGACGCUGUCCUCGCGGAAAAGCAUGACCUUUGGGGAGCACCAGUGCCCAAAGUAGAGAAUGAAUGGAUCACACCAGCCAUGAAGAGCGCUGUUCACAAGCCCAAGUCUAUGUACCACGAACCAUCAGCUCCGGCUAAAAGCCUUUCUGCUGUUUCCAAACCGCACCCCGGCAUUUCCUACAACCCUGAUUUUGAUAGCCACGAAUCUCUGAUUCAACGUGCAUUUGAGAAGGCCAAGGAGCAAGAGCUGGAUGAAAAUUCGCUUCGCCAAUGGAGAGAGCAAAUGCGUAAUGUUACCCAAGGGCAUGAUCAAGCCGGUGCGCUUAGUAUGAAGAUCGACGAUUCUACCACCAACGAGGAAGAGCAGGAAGAUGAUGACGAAAAUGCGUCUCAACGGACAAAGCUUCCCGGUCGCAAGACCGCAGCCCAACGUCGACGAGAAGCGAGGGCCAGGGACCAAUACAACGAGGCUCAGCAGCGUCGGAAAGAGCGCCAGAUGCGUGCACUCAUAUCUGAAGCGUCUAGUCACAGCAAGAAGUUGGGUAAAGCAGCAGAGGAACGAGCCAAGUUGAUCGAGCAACGCCGGGAAGCAAAGCUUGCACGUAUGCGAGAGAGUGGUAUGGCAGGCUCCAAGGUCGGCAAAUAUGCUGUUCCCGAAGAACGGAUUGAUGUUCAAACAGGCGAUGAGCUCAGUGAGAGUUUGCGGCAGCUCAAGCCUGAGGGUAACCUGUUUUGGGAUCGAUUCCAAAAUUUGCAAGCCCGUGGUUUGACCGAGAGUCGACGUCUGGUACAACCGAUGCGCCGCCGCUUAAAAACCAAGACGUACGAUAGACACACUUUCAAGCGUGAUUAG